AAGGUAGAAAAAGUACCAAGUCAUGUGUCUCCUAUGUUUACACUUCGGACAGGCAAAUCAUCAUCUGACAUCAUAACUAAUGAUUGCUGAGAAAAAUGUAUUUCUAAAUGGAAACUCGAUAUAUCAUUGCCAUGGUUGUUGGAUCAAUUUUUGUUGGCUAUGUGGUGACCUCGGUGAUACUUUUUCGGUUCCCUGCAAUCUUGCACAGGAAAAAGAAGCUAUGUUUUCGACCAGCUCAUAUAAGUCAUAGAGGAGGUGCAGGGGAAAAUAUUGAAAAUACAAUGACUGCCUUUAGACAUGCCCUGUCAUUAGGAACAGAGAUGUUGGAGCUUGACUGCCAGAUCACUAAAGAUGGCAAAGUGAUUGUGUCCCAUGACAGCUCGUUAAAACGCGUGUGUGAUGUGGAAGGGGUCAUUGGAGAUUAUAAUUAUGAAGAUCUGCCUCUAUUAAAAGAAUGCCAUCCUCUGGAUUUUAAACGAAAUUUUGUUUAUGAUGGCACUGGAUGCCCAGACAGGAAGUUUCCAUUGUUAGAAGAUGUUUUUAAAGAGUUUCCCAAAACACCUAUUAAUAUAGACAUCAAAGUAGAUGAUGAUGAACUUAUAGAAAAGGUGAAUAAUUUGAUUGUGCAAUAUAACAGAGAACACAUAACAGUCUGGGGAAACAGAAGCUCUACUGUGGUGGACAAAUGUUAUAAUGUGAAUCCAAACAUUCCCACUUUGUUUCCAGUUGGAGGAGUUCUGAAGUUGCUCUUUCUUUUCUAUACUGGGUUACUUCCCUUUGUACCAUUGAGGGAGUCCCUGUUAGAAGUUUUAAUGCCAAGUAUUUUAUUAAAGGAUGAUGUUAUCCCUUUUAUUGGAGCAAAAAUAAGGUUUCUUCUGAGAGUGGUAAAUGUAUUACUAAUGAGUCCAGCUCUGUUCCAUCAUCUUGAAAGGAGAGGUAUUCAAACAUAUUUAUGGGUCCUAAAUGAUGAAGAAGAAUUUGAGAGAGCUUUCAAACUUGGAGCCACUGGAGUAAUGACAGAUUUUCCUACCAAACUGAAGGAAUACCUUGAUAAAAAUCCUCAAUACAAAAAGAAUAAUGACUCCCAGGAGUCUUGAUGUUGUAUUUAUUAAUGAAUAAUUGAUUAUCAUGUAGCAAAUCCAACAAGGAGCUUUAUAUAGUGACUAGUCUUCUAUUAAAGUAUAAUUUUUUUACUUUACCUCGAUCAUAUAUUGUGAUAUUUUUUCAUUCAUGCUUUUUUUCACAUUUUACAUGCUUUAAAUGUGGUCCAAAGUUUUGCAUAAAUGUAUUAGAGAAAAACUCUCCUUAUUAUAAUAGUUGUCCAUUGAAAGACAUUGCGGUAAAUGCAUUGUUAAUCUAGGUGUAAGAGAUAAAAUAUGUUUUUGUUAUGCAUUAUUAAGUCACCAAUUUUUAUGGGGGUAAUUUUUCAUUGUUUUUAUGGAAUGGGGAGACCUACAAUUUCAUCCCCCUCUAUUUGGAAUACUGUACAUGUAUAUAAAGUUUAUAAUAUAAACUCUACACAUUCAUUCAAUAAUCUGAUUAUAUGGGAGAUAACUCUAUCUUGGAUCUGUAAAUUGACUAUUUAAUUUUGGCCAAUAUGCUAAAAAUGUAAUAUAUUUGGCUUGUUUAAUAUGUAUUUCAGUAAUGAAUUUUAUUUCUUUUGGAAAACAAUAAGCACAGAAAAAAGUUCACUUUUGUGCACAGAGUUUGAUGAGCCUUAAAUCACCACAUCCAAACAAUUCUUUUCCUCAAACCACAAAAAUUUUAUGCCACGUAAAUAAGUGAAUUUACUGUAUGUUAUGCAAUUCAUAAUAUCAGAGCAAUGUAAUUUCUUAAUUAAAAAGUAGCUAAAUUUCACAGAACUGUUGCACAUCCAAGGCAUUGACAGCUCUCACAAGGAUGAAAAAAGUUAUGAAUGCACAAGAAGUAAAGGGGCAGCAAUGAUGCAUAAAUUUUGUUGUAUUGGGAAAGUAACAGAACAAAUGGAAAUCAUAAAGUAUAAUUAAAAUUAAUCAUAAUUUGUCAUAUCUCUUAUUUGAUUUGAUGAUAGAUUUAAUUUAUUGAACAUAAAAUUCUUUCAGAUAUUGCAGUGAUAGAGGUAUUUUAAAAGCAGUUAUUUUGUUUCAUCAUUUAAAUAAGACUUGAUGUACAUUUCUGGUAUAAGAUAGUCUUGUUCAUUCUGACCAUUCCUGAAUUUUUUUUUUUAUCAUCUUGAAUAUUUUUAAAUUUACAGUAGAUAUUACUAUUGAUUAAUGUACACUGAAUAAAAUUU